CUGCGGCCCCGCUCCGCCUCCCGGGGGGCUCCCGGCGGCGCCGGCGUCCUGCGGGCCGGCGGCUAUAAAGCGGCGGGCGGCGCGGCCUGCGCGGUCGUCGGUCGUUGCGCCUCCGCGGCCGCCUCCCUGCCCCACCUGGUGCCUGAAGGAGGAAACAGAGUGACAGACCUGGAGACUGCAACUCUUUACCCCUCGCACAGUUCUUUCACCAUGCCUGGGUCACUUCCUUUGAACGUAGAAGCCUGCUGGCCAAAAGACGUGGGAAUUGUUGCCCUUGAGAUCUAUUUUCCUUCCCAAUAUGUUGAUCAAGCAGAGUUGGAAAAAUAUGAUGGUGUAGAUGCUGGAAAGUAUACUAUUGGCUUGGGCCAGGCCAAGAUGGGCUUCUGCACAGAUAGAGAAGAUAUCAACUCUCUUUGCAUGACUGUGGUCCAGAACCUUAUGGAGAGAAAUAACCUUUCUUACGAUUGCAUUGGGCGGCUGGAAGUUGGAACAGAGACAGUCAUCGACAAAUCAAAGUCAGUGAAGACGAAUUUGAUGCAACUCUUUGAGGAGUCUGGGAACACAGAUGUGGAAGGAAUCGACACGACCAACGCGUGCUAUGGCGGCACAGCCGCCGUCUUCAACGCUGUCAACUGGAUUGAGUCCAGCUCUUGGGAUGGCCGGUACGCUGUGGUCGUGGCGGGAGACAUCGCCGUGUAUGCCGCGGGGAGCGCUCGGCCUACGGGUGGAGUGGGAGCCGUUGCGAUGCUAAUUGGGCCUAAUGCUCCUUUAAUCUUUGAACGAGGACUUCGUGGGACACAUAUGCAACAUGCCUAUGACUUUUACAAGCCUGACAUGCUUUCUGAAUACCCUAUAGUAGAUGGAAAACUGUCCAUACAAUGCUACCUCAAUGCGUUAGACCGCUGCUAUUCUGUCUACUGCAAGAAGGUCCGUGCCCGGUGGCAGAAAGAGGGAAAUGAUAGAGAUUUCACCUUGAAUGAUUUUGGCUUCAUGAUCUUCCACUCACCCUAUUGUAAACUGGUUCAGAAAUCUCUAGCUCGGAUGUUGCUGAAUGACUUCCUUAAGGACCAGAACAGAGAUAAAAAUAGUAUCUACAGUGGCCUGGAAGCCUUCGGGGAUGUUAAAUUAGAAGAUACCUACUUUGACAGAGAUGUGGAAAAGGCAUUUAUGAAGGCUAGUUCAGAACUCUUCAAUCAGAAAACGAAGGCAUCUCUGCUUGUGUCAAAUCAAAAUGGAAAUAUGUACACAUCUUCAGUGUAUGGCUCCCUUGCUUCUGUUCUCGCACAGUACUCACCUCAGCAGCUGGCAGGAAAGAGGAUUGGUGUGUUCUCUUACGGUUCUGGUUUGGCGGCCACUCUGUACUCCCUCAGAGUUACACAAGAUGCCACACCAGGGUCUGCUCUUGAUAAAAUAAUAGCAAGCUUGUGUGAUCUGAAAUCAAGGCUUGACUCAAGAACUUGUGUGGCACCAGAUGUCUUUGCUGCGAACAUGAAGCUCCGAGAGGACACUCAUCACUUGGUCAGCUAUACUCCCCAGAGUUCGAUAGAUUCACUCUUUGAAGGAACGUGGUACCUAGUUCGAGUGGAUGAAAAGCACAGAAGAACUUACGCCCGGCGCCCCUCUCCGAGUGACAGCACUUUGCAGGAAGGCGUAGGGCUUGUGCAUCCAAGCACAGCAGCUGAGCACAUUCCAAGCCCUGCCAAGAAAGUGCCAAGACUCCCCGCCACAGCAGCAGAACCUGAAGCAGCUGUCAUCAGUAACGGGGAGCAUUAAGAUACUUGUGUGAGCUGGAGGUCGUCAGGGUGGGGUGGGGGGGUAUGUAUGGGACCGGGGGGGGGGGGGGGAUGGGAUGUCUGGGACAAUUUUAAAGGAUUACAUGUUGCUUAAAUUUUUAUGUGACUGACAUGGAGCCUGGAAAACUGUCGUGUUCUUUGGAAAGUCUCUUUGCUCAGUUUGCUCACUUGCUUCCUGUCGUGGUCUAGCCAAUGCUUAACGUACUCGAAUGAUAAGGGCUCUGUAAAACUGCAUACCUCUCUGGCCAGUUGUAUGCAUGAAGCUUAGUUUUUAAAUUGUAGUGUGAUGAGUCGUGCGCUUCUGGCGAAGAAAGCAGCGGUACUCGUCUCCACUUUUAAUUUUUUUAAACGUAAGAAUUUUAUACUUUGAACAAACAAGAUUCCUGAAAAAAGUUCCUGUGGUUUUUGAGAAAGUUUGUAAUUUAGGGAAUGUGAUCUUCAUGUGAUAUGCACAAACCCUACUUGAACAUGGAAGACAAACAUAUUCCUUUUCUAGAAUUUAUAAAUCCCGAAGAGGGAGAAGAGUUGGUAUGGUGACACCGGUUCUGGAAACGAUUGCUUUAAAUCCAGGCCAGCCGUGACGCGUUCCUGUCAUGACCUCUGUGAACAGAGAGAUGCUCGCAUGGAGCAGACAUCCGGUAUAGAAAACAUGGUACCUUUGGGAGCUAUGGAUGUGACUCUGGGUCUGCUUCUGAUUUAGGUCAAGGUGUAUUUUGCAGAACAACAUCGAGAUGUUAUUGGAGCUGUAUAUGAGGAAGUUUGUGGUUGCCGUCCUUCUUUGCACCUUAUUUUGAAAAAUAAAUCAUUUUUUCUGGCUACCUUUUAAAAAUUUAAAACAAGAAGGGACGAUGGGGCAGGGCAUUAUUAGGUUAUUUCUGAUGCUUCAGUAUUAUAAAAUUCAACGUAAAGACUGACAACCUGAAUUCAUGUUGUAAGUAUUCCUUUCCUUUUUUGUUUUUCAUUUUUGUAUCUGUACAACCCAAGUUUUUACAUAGUAUGACCAGCCAAAAAGUAUUCCACUUUUCAAGGUCUGCAAGUAGAGUAUAUAUAAAACAUUUUUCUCAGACUUGCACCUUAAAAAAACAAACAAACAAAAAACCAAAACCAAAAACGAUCACAUGGAAUGAAUAAGAAGACUGGUUAGACAGUUUUGUAGAUCUUUUGGUGCUGAACUAUGACAUGAGCCUUAUAGAUUGUAACAUAGAGAUAGUUGGAACUAAUGUACAGAACUAAAUUUUUUAAACUUGAUUUGGCAUUGAAUUCUGUGAAGUUUCAGUUAUCUAAAACUUACACAAAUAUGAAAUGUAAUGUUUCAGAUUGCAAGGUAAUAUGUAAUGUAGUGUUUGUAAAAUACUCUAAUAUUAACUAGUGGUGUUUUGAUUUGUACAGUCAUAAUUUGUUAAAAUGACUUCAUUUUAACAUCCACUGAUAUAGAUUAAUAAUGUACGUUCAGAUUUAAAGAUUGAUGGGAAAAUGGUGCAUGUAAUACUUUUGCAAGUAUUGGGAGUUCGGUAUGUUUUGAAAAGCGUAAUUUAACUUUUGGGGUGUCAGGAAACAGGUUUUCUCAAAGUCAUUGCCGGCAGUGGGCAGGCCUGAUGCUGGCACAGAGCACUGACUGUGCACCUGGUGAACAGUGAGGUGGGUAACUUUGAAUAAAGUUUUAGAGAAAUA